AUGAGUGAGCAUGGUGAUCCCCCGUCUGGAUGGGAAGCAAUGGAAAAUAGAUUAAUGGCCAAAAUGGAACAGAUGAUGGUGAACAUGAUGACAACUAUGAGGACACAAGGGAAUCCCAACCGUACACCAAAUACUCCUGUACAAUCGGAUCCUCCUUAUCCUCCAGGAUUCUUCCUGCAUCAGCCUACACCACCAACCCUAGCAGCUGAUGGUGAGGACCAAGUCGUGAUCGAUUCCACUCCUGCUCGGCAAACACAGCAGAGUCAACAGGAUAAGACUUGGGAAGAUAAGUUCUAUCGACUUGAGCAUACAAUCAGAAACCUGAAAGGAGUUGAGGAUCAAAUCAUCGAUACUGAAGGAUUAUGCUUCUUCCCCCAUGCAACACUCCCUGACAGAUUUAAGUGGAAGACCGAGAAGUUUGAUGGUAGAGGAGAUCCUCGUACCCACUUGAGGUCUUUCAUCGGCCAGUUGAAGUCUCGUGGUUUCACAGAUGAACAGUUGGGGCAAGCUUUCCAAUUUUCACUAACUGGUGCUGCUCACCGUUGGCUAAUGGCCUUAGAUCCAUCUGUGAUUCGGACUUGGGAAGACAUGAUGAAGGCUUUCUCCCGUCAAUACUCCUACAACACUGAGGUAGAAUUGACCAGGCGAGAAUUAGAGACAACAAAGCAAUUGCCUGACGAGGGGUUCACUAGCUACCUGAAAAGGUUUCGUGACAAAGCAGCUCAGAUGUGGGACCGACCCAGUCAGCGAGAGCAGGUCAGCAUGCUUAUGAAGGGGUUGCGGCAUCCAUACCGCACAUACAUAUUUGGACAAGGCAUCACCACUAUUGAUAGCUUGAUUGUCGCUGGCAAACAGGUUGAAGAUCCAAUUCAUGAGGAGAAUCUCCCACAGGAUGGCAGAUACCAGACAGGUUCCUAUGAAGCAAGCAGUAGUAGGAGACCUCCCCGGCCGAGAAACAAGGAGGUGAACACAAUGAUGGUAGCUGCUCUUCCUCCACUUCCUCUUCCCGAGCCAACACUAUCCACAGUACCAUACCAGUUGGAACAAGCAGUCCACCCGGCCCCUCCUCCAGCUCCUCGACCGUCGAAGAGAAAGUUUACGGAUCUGGGCAUGCCAUUGGAAGUCGUGUUUGAAAAGCUCCUCAGAGCUGGCUUAAUUGAGAAAUCUGGACCCCAACCAAUCCCAAAUCCUCCUCCAAAAAUGAAGGGGCAUGCUACCAACAACUGUUACAACCUCCGGCAUGCUAUUCAAGAUAGGUUGGAUUCUAAGGUGUUUGAACUCCGACCAAAGCAGCCAAAUGUGAAAACCAAUCCUCUUCCAUCACAUGACUCUAUCAACAUGUUGCAAGGAGAAUGUAUGGAGACAGAUCCAACCUCAUUAAUCCAGCCAAUGCCAGCAGAUGACAAUGGAAAGUCAAGUGACUCAGAAGCAGAAUUCAAUGAAGAUGACACUUGGUCAUUUAACUCUGGGCCCCCAUACUACACGCCGUCUACCCCUCCGGGAGAAUACAUAUGGGUAGAUACAGAUGAGUUGAACAUUUCAGAAUCUGCCCCAAUCCCAGGUCCAACCAGCUCAGAGUCUACCACUGAAUCCGAUUCUGAUCCUGAAGAUAUAGAAGAAUGGGAGUUUUACAUUUAG